CUUUUUCUUCGACUCCUCAUUCUCCCUCUCUGAUUCCUUCUGGUAUGCCGUUUUUUCCCGCGACUCUAUAUAACCAUGUGCUCUGCGAUGUCUUCUUGUCGGUUUCCUCCGAUUCCACUCGUUGAUUUUCUUCGAUCCGAAAGACGAGAAGGAACAUAAUGAGACCCCAAAGGCAAGUAAGCGUCUCCGCAGAUUGUCCGGUGGAGCAAUCCCGCCUAGACCAGGAUCAGCCGGCGUCUCUCUACUCCUACAUGUGUGCAGGUGCCUCUUUUGAGUUCUUCCCGGGAAACCAUCAUCAUCUCAUCCGUUGCACCACCUAGGACAUCACCACCGACACGAUGACCGAAUCUUCUGAGAAACAAGGACAACUACAAUCGAUCCCUCGAGCCACCGCCGCCCCGCCCCGCGAUGCCAGUCCUGCCGAAGCAAAAGAAUCGAUACGCCUCCGCGCAGACAUCCCCACCCCCAAACUCCGCUUUCAUGUCAAUGAUAUACGCCACCCUGCCUUCCAGUCAUUUCUUUCGCUGAUCCCUGAUCUCCAAUCCGUCCUCGACACCGCCCUCUCCGCCAUCAUCCAAAACCUCUAUACCGUUCCACCCCUCCGCCCUUCAUCACGCAUCACCCCGUCUCCCCAGCCCAAUCUCCCCAGGCCUAUCUUCCACCCUAGCGUGCCCCCAACCCGGUCCGUAACGCUCCUCCUCCGCGACAUCGGCGGCGUCGCAUACACCACAGGAACCGAGCUCGAUAAUGACCACAAGGAGAUCCAUCUCUCGCUCUCGUACAUCCACACCUCGACCCGCAAAGCGGACCCCACCGCCGAGCUCCGCGGCGUGCUCACCCACGAGCUAGUCCACUGCUACCAACACACUGCUCCAGCCGGCAGCACGAACCGCCACCCACCGGGCGGUUUAAUCGAGGGCAUUGCGGAUUUUGUCCGGCUUAAGGCCGGCCUGGCGCCUCCGCACUGGAAACGUCCGACCUCGGCCCAGGACCGCCCCGAGAAUUGGGACCAGGGGUAUCAGCAUACGGCGUACUUCCUGGCGUGGCUGGAGGACGUCCGCGUCGGGCCGGGCGCCAUCGGCAUGUUGAACGAUCGGCUGCUGCGAGUGGGCUACUAUGUGCACAAGGGCAACGAGGAUUCCGACGCGGGGGGAAGUCGCGAAACGGACUUCUGGGAGGCGCUGUUUGGGUCACGCAUCGAGGACCUUUGGCAUGCGUAUGGCGUCUAUCUAGACCGUCUUGGGGAGGGGAACGAUGGAGACAGAGACGAUGGUGCUUGGCAGGAUGAGAUUGUCAAUCCUGAGUAGUUGGUUACGUUUGGUUGCUGAUCGGGGUUGUGGAAGAGUCAUUUGAGCCGUUUCUGACAUCUACAAAUCAAUACCGUUAUCGCGUAGUGAGAAAUAACAGUAAUUAAAG